GUCUGUCCCAGGACUGUGGGUCCUGUGCAUCACAGAUUCUGCUUUUAAUUUAGGACAAAAGCUGCUUAAAUAAGUUGUCUUUAAUUGUUAAAAAAUGAGCUCUGAGGUUUUAGUGUCAAGGCCACACUAUGACAGCAGGGCUGUGGCUCAGGGGGUCCCGGAGAGAGAGUCCCCUCUGGAGCCGGAUGUCCCGCAGCUGUCCUCGGGCUCAGCCACAGCCGGGUACCGCUCAGCUAAAUACUCCCCGGCUGAGUGGUUCAACAACUACCACAACAUCCUUCAACAGGCCGGUGCCGACCAGCACGAAGCCCGGAGCAUCCAGAGAGAGUCCAAAACUCUGUGCCAGAACACCGAGGCCGCCACUUUGAAGACCCAGGCCCAAGGAACGCGUCUGCUGGGGGAGAGACUGCAAGAGAUCCACUACUGGAAGUCUGAGCUGCAGCGGCACAUCGACCAGCUGCAGGCCGACACGGAGGCACUGCUGGCGCUGAAGACGAGGCUGGAGAAGGCGCUGGACGCCACCGAGACUCCGUACGCCAUCGCCACCGAUAAUCUCAACUGCAGGACCAGAAGACUUGGACCAGAUCUGGUCCGAGACACCGUGGAGGAGGAGCUGUUAAAGGAGGUGGACUUGAUCAGGAGCGUCCAGGCUCUUCUUAAGAGAACUACAUCUCAGGUUGUCAGUCAGAUCAAGAUGAACAGAGAUGCCAAGCAGACGUUAGAGUUGGACUGGUCUGAUAAGUACCAGGCCUACAACCUUGAUGACCAGAGUGGAAGAUACACUAACAUGAGCCCAGAUACACAGCACCACCCCAGCUCAGCCACCAUGCAGGACCAGGUGAGUAACUGCGCAUCAUGGACAAAGUUCACACAGGACAACCUGUCCAAGGCCAUGCAGGAGGAGCAGGCCACCAACAGUCUUAGACUGCUGGUGGAGCGAGUGCUGCAGGACACCACUGAAGACCUGAGAGUCCAGUGCUCCACUGUGGACCAAGCCUUUAGCCAGCGUUGCACGGAGCUGAUAGAGGCCAAGACCCAGCUGGAGAUAAGGCUCGCAGAGACCUUGGAGCAGAUUGGGGCCCAGGAGAGGAACAUUGUGGCCCUGCAGCAGGCCAUCCACAACAAAGAGGCUCCACUGAGAGUCGCUCAGUCCAGACUUUAUACCCACUCCCUCAGACCCAACAUGGAUCUCUGCAGAGAUGAGCCCCAGCUCAGUUUGGAGGCGGAGGUGAGGCAGAUUGAUGCCACUCUGGCGUCUCUGCACCAGCAGCUGAGUGAGGCCAGAGGCUCCCUGUCCCACCUGGAAGAAUCGCGCAUUACUCUGGAGAAGGACAUAAACUGUAAAACCCACUCACUGUUCAUUGACAGAGACAAGUGCAUGACUCACCGUAAACGAUACCCAGCUGUCUCCACACUGUCAGGAUACUGAGGCCGACGAGUGUUUGAGUGGAAUUUCCUUUGUUUCAUUUCGUUGUUUAGUCUCUUUGUCGUGCUGUGUUGUAAGAAGCAGUGAUGUAUCAUGUCAUCAAGGAAGCCUGAAAACUCAGCAGUUAAAAACAAAAUUAAUAGUAUUUCAAUUCACCAAAUAAUUAAGGUCCAGUGUGUAGGAUAUAGGGGCAUCUAUUGGCAGCAAUGCUAUAUAAUAUUCAUAACUAUGUUUUCAUUUGUUUAGAAUCACCUGAAAAUAAGGAUCAUUGUGUUUUUGUUACCUUAGGAUGAGCUGUUUAUAUCUACAUAUGGAGCGGGUCCUUUUCCACAGAGUCCACAGUGUUGUUCUACAGUAAUCCAGAAUGGACAAACCAAACACUGGCUCUAGAGGCAGAGGUUGAAGGCAUACUUAGAUCCCAGAUUCAUAUUUUAUAUCAUUCUUCUCUUAUAAAUUUAUUGAACAUGACAUCUCAACAACACCUUAACAAAAUUUCCUCAAAUUUUCACUUGGACUCAACAAUGAACUGAUUGGACUUAAGUGGUCAAAAGUCAGGGUCAGUGUGACCUUGCAUCUGUGUCAUUCUCGUAAAUGUGGUAUCUCAAGAACACCUUAAAGCAGUUUCUUUAAAUUUGACACAAACGUCCACUUGGUCUAAGGAAUAAACUGCUUGGAAUUUUGUGGUCAAAGGUCAAGGUCACUGUGACCUCACAAAAUAUGUUUUUGGCUAUAACAUAAAAUUCAUAUGCUAAUUAAGAAAAAACUGGGCAGAAAUGUCUGAUAGGAUAAAAAAAUGAAGAGAUGACAUUUUACAUCCAAAGGGUAAAAUAUCAGCGUCACUGUGACGUCAUGUUGUUCUGCAUAAAACACCUUUCUGGCCAUUAUUCAGCAUCAUAUCUUAGGUACAGAAGGGGGGACACUUGGUCAGAUACUUCAUUGAUGACACUAAUCUUGGGUGUCCACCUUGAAACUGUGCUGAUCUUCUGUGCUGUUUUGUGUGAAGUAUCCAUGUUUUCACAGACAUGGAUGUAACCUGUAGAGAAAAUUGACUGGUGCAAAGAGGCACACAGCCGCAUGGUGGUAAUUCUAGUUUAUGAGAUGAAAAAUAACUGAUGUACCUUACAGUUUGAUAACUGAGUCCGUGUCUGCCACUGGUUCUAUAUGUAAAUUUUAAAGUCACUGAUUUUAAUAACUGAUUUAUUUGGAUGGUUGCACCUUCUGAAAUGUGAUGAUUGAUAUAUGACAUUAAAUUAAAUGUAGUUGGCUUUUGGACUGUUGGUUGGACAAAUAAUGACAUUUGCUUUGUCUCUGGGAAAUUUGGAACAUCAGUUUUCACUGUUUUCUGAUGUUGUAUUUGCUUAGAUGUAAUAAUAUUAUAAUGACAAUAAUCAAUGGUUGGAGCCCUUGUGUAAAUUAAAUAUUUAUUAUUUUUGAUGAUCCCAUUGGCCUUCCACUGGUGCAUCCUGAAAAAAAUAUAAGAUAAAAAUAAGCAGUUUGUUCUGUUCUUCACUGUCCUGUAUUGUGGAGUGCAAUAAACUCUGCAGCCUCUAGAGGUCCCUAAUUCUUAACUCUUUCUACUAAAGAAGUUUUUUGUGUCUUCCAGAGUCCACACACUUCACGUCUCCUGUCUCAGCAGUGUUUGUGUUUCUGUUCAUAUUAAAGCAACAAAGAAUUGCAAAAAUCAUGACAGUAUUGCUGCACAUUAACAUAGAUUUCCUUUCAUUUACAUGAAGAAAAGGCAGGAAAAGAAUUUACUGUAGUCCGUUUGUGUUUGCUUGUCUGUUCUGAAUUUGCAGUCUGUUUCUUUUGGUCGCACAAGUUGUGAAUCUGUUUCUAAGUUUGCUUGUGUUUUAAUAGUUUGCAGCACUUUUUGUGACAAAGGUGUCAAAGUUGUGAUAUAGA